AGUUGCAAAACUGCACUUUUUAUGGUUUAAACAUGGUCAGUAAUGUUAGAAAACAAUUUACUGAUGCUCGGAAGGCAGAACCCCUUAUCUGUAUUCAUUUUUUGACACGAAAAUAAUUUCCGAAAAGUCCCACUUAAUAAAAAAUAUCGACAAAAAAUUACCGACCUACCUACCCUAAUGUUUGAGCAUGUUUCCUGAUUUUUUACGCCUAAGUACAUUUGUAUAUUGCUAGUUGUCUUUUUACAUUAAGUAAACGACCAUUUUUGUAUUUUGUGACUUUUCCUAUCAUAACGUGUCUAAGGGAAUCAAGUUUCAGAUAACUUUAUUUACAUUGUCGUGGUACUAGAAGGAAAUAUUAUGGUUUUGUUCUAAUUUAAUCGCUUUAUGUUCUCCAGUUGGACCUUUAUACCACUGACAACAUCAACACAUUCCACCAUUCACAAGUAUUCAAUUAAAAUACGGAAGAGAUGAAUAAUGUUUCCAGGAUACUUUUUUAUUUUACUGUUCUGUUCGGAUUUCAACCCUUGCAUUCACAUUCAUAGAGAACCCUAGAACUUGAUUUCAUUUAUUCUAACACAGAUUUAUGGUUAAACUUUGUCAAUUCAUCAUAAAAACAUCGGAAGUAUAUUUUUCUCCAAGUUUUCAUAUUUUUCGUUAUGUCCAUAACUUAUCCUAAAUAAUCCCAAUCGGAAACUUAAUCAAAGUUGAAAAUAUACAUGAAACAAACACAGAAAAUUGAUAUAGGUACUAAUAAACUUUGAUAAUGUGGCAGUUGAGUCCAAUAAGUCCAGGGGUGUUCAAAGAUAAUCCGUCAUAGAUCUAGUGUACCUGUAUUGGAAAAUAAACAGUGUCAAUUGGAUUUAGGUCAACUGCCACAUUAUCAAAGUUUAUUAGUAUCACAUAAUACAAGUGUAAAUAUAACAAGAUAACAAGGUAUCAAAGUACAGAAAAUCAGUCUUUCAAAAUUGUACAAAUAGAUUACAUUAAACUUACUGCAAUCGCUAGAGUAAAACACAAGAUGUCUUCGAACAAAUCCAUUGAUAUGACGGCUUUACCAGUUAUAGACAUUAAGGAAGCGAAAAUAGAUCGUGAAGUUGCGGGGGAAAAGGUUGUUGACAUUCUUGAGAACGUAGGGUUUGCCUAUGUGGACAACGUAGAUGGAAUUGACUACAAGGGAUUGUGGGAUUGUUGCCAAUGGUUUUUCAAUAAACCAAUGGAUUUUAAAAAGAAAAUCAUGAGGAAGCAGUGGAAUCCGGAAAACACAAAUCUUUAUCGGGGUUAUUUCCCUGUUGUGGAAGGAGAACCAAGCAGAAAGGAAGCAUUUGAAUUUGCGAGAGAUGUUCCACCUGAUGAUACGACGGUGUCGCCCACCAACUGGUUUUAUGAGAAAUCCACAUGGCCGGAGGAAGAUGGAGCGUUCCCUUUUAAGAAGUUUCUUCAGCAGCAGUACGAAGUAAUGCACGAGACAUGCAUGGAGAUACUUCGACUCUCAGCAAUAGGGCUUGGUAUACCUGAGAAUUCGUUUAUGCACCUGUUUGAGGACAAACCAUGCUCUACAUUCCGAUUGUUGCAUUAUCCGCCGUGGGAAGGCGAACCCCCAAAGAACGCGUUCAUAGAAGAUGGAAAGAUUUUAACCACUCCGGAGCAUGCGGACUCUGACUUUAUGACAUUGCUAACACCUUUUGAUUUUGGUGGUCUGGAGAUAAUGCAAGCAGAUGGCAAGUGGGCGGAGGUGAUAAACCGUCCUGGAAGUCUCGUGAUGAAUAUCGGUGUAACGUUUUCGCGCAUGCUCGGCGGAAAGUUUAAGGCAACACGUCAUCGUGUGAUAGAUAUAGGAAUUGAUAGAUACUCUGUUCCAUUUUUUCUCAGUCCCCAUUUCGAUGGAGAUAUAGGUAUCAACUACUUAUACAAGUACACAGGAGAAGGACCAAAGCAUGUACCUGAGAAAUAUGGUCCUUGGGUACUACAUAGAAUGAAACACGAACAAAAGUACUUUGAGUAUAAAGUGUUACCAGAGAUAGACGAAUGAUAUUAAACCACCGCUUAAAACAAUUUUGUUGAAGAAUAAAUUAAAGAUUUCUUUACUUCCAUCUGUUGUCAACCUCAGUUUAAAGCAAUCAUUGUAUUAUUCAGUGCGACGAAGCAAUAGAAAUGAUGAAAUGUUCAAAUAACACCAGAAUUAAUUGACCCUGAACUACAUGUGGCGUGGUCACGGCAAGAACCCUUGUCAUUCAAUCCCAGGUUUUCGCUUAGGCAGCCAAAUGCUGACAAACAAUUGUGAAAUUGAUAUACAUGUAUAUUGAAUACUAGUAUAUAAAUGUUUAACAAUACUGUAUCUAUAAAUACAUGUACCCGAACUGUAUGUUGUUAGAAAACUAUUUUUGCCAUCUGCGAUACGUUACAAAUAUGGCGUUACUGUAUCGAAAUUUAUCACAUGUUUGACGUC